UAUAUAUAGAACGGAAGAGUCUGGAAUCUUUUAUUCUAGGUUUUUUCUUGAUGAAGGAAGAAUCCCAAACGAAACCCAAAAGUUGUCUGCCUCGUGAGAUUAGAGACGGUGGCGUCAGGUGUGCAGUUAAGUUUUAUUUAGGAAGAAAGGAACAAAGGAAGGAGAAAUUGUUUGUUUGUGCUGCAAAGUAAGGAGAGAAGGAAGUAGUCCAUCUGUAAAAAAAAAAAAAAAAAAGGGUAGAAAGAAAGAUGGAGAGAGGGAGGAGGAGUAAUGGGAUGCUUCCACUGCUGGCUCUGCAUGCUGUGAGCGAGUAUUGCAGGCUUGGCUGGAAGCCACCCGUUACCGCCGGACUUCUUGCCGCCAACACUCUCAUCUAUCUGAGGCAGCCUGCUUUCGUCGAUUCUAUGCUCCCUACCCUCCAUGAGGUCUUGUUCAAUCCCCACCUCAUUCUCAAGCACAGGGACCUCAAGCGCUUCCUCCUGUCGGCAUUCUACCACAUAGAUGAAUCUCACCUGGUCUACAACAUGAUGUCACUUUUAUGGAAGGGGAUCCAGUUGGAGACCUCGAUGGGGAGUGUUGAAUUUGCAUCUAUGGUUGCUGCACUACUUGGUAUGUCCCAGGGCAUAACACUGGUACUGGCCAAAUCCCUUCUGUUCUUUGAUUAUGGGAGAGCUUAUUACCAGGAAUAUGCUGUUGGAUUUUCCGGUGUCCUCUUUGCCAUGAAAGUUGUACUCAAUUCCCAGUCAGAUAACUACACUUACAUCCAUGGACUGACGAUACCCUCACGUUAUGCUGCAUGGGCGGAACUGGUUCUCAUCCAAAUGUUUGUUCCUCGUGUCUCUUUCUUGGGCCACCUUGGUGGAAUACUUGCGGGUAUUCUCUAUCUCCGGCUCAAGGCUUUAUAUUCAGGCCGGGAUCCACUAACAACAAUCGUUAGUGGUUUUUCCAAUGUAUUAAACUGGCCUCUGAGGGUUGUGCGGAACUUGUGUGGGUUCCGGCAGCGGCAAAUCUCUGGUAGGAGAACCAUAGGUGGGAGGCAUAUGAAUACGCCUAGCAUUUGGACAUGCCGAGCAUGUACGUUCGAUAAUUCCGGUUGGUUAAGUGUGUGUGAGAUGUGUGGCACGAGUCGUGAUGAUGGACUGUCAUCCGUUGGGUCGUCAAAUCAGUCUCAUGAUCUUUCUUUAGAGGAAUUACGUCUUAGGAGAGUUGAGAGAUUUGGUAGAUGAUUCAAGUAAAUUUGGACAAAUGUUGAACUUUUCUGCACGUCUUCUGGAUAAUAGAAGAUCAAAAACCUGCAAAUGCUCUUCUUUGUGCUUGGUGUAAUAUACAGCAAGAGAAAUAAGUCGCUGCAGGCACUAAGAGGGAGCUUAGAAGUAUUUUUAACAUACGGUUGCAGGUUUUUUUUUUUUUUUAAAUUACUCAUUCUUAGAAUGCAUAGCAGUGGUGGUAUGUGAAGAAGCAAAUGAUUUUUGAGAAUUCUUAGGGUGAUCAAUCGUCCUGUUUGGGCAAGAAUACGCACGCCAUAGCGUGGUGGUUUUUUUUAUUUUUAUUUUAUUUUUAUUUGAACAAUGUAAGAACUGAAACUUUUUACUUUAUAUGGCUACUACCCAAAUGCAAAUUAUACAAUGUAAUUGUUCCCUGUUAA